CGAGGUCAUGCGAGUAAUGGGAGCGGUAGUUUCAAACGGUCAAUGUGUAACGCAUUCGAAACCGUACUCUAAAAACCAGUUUCGAUUAUCAAUUUGUCUUAAUCCGAUGCUGGCUGUGUUCCUUGUUGCUUUCUAUUGAUUGCUCUACUGAAUAUUUUCCCACUCAGGCCUUUUUGUAUGCCCACCAAGUACAUUAACUACCUACUGGCCAGACGCAAAUUGUCUUGUGUAACAGACUUGAAACCUUAUUCUAUUUUCUCCUAGUUUAUAUCAAACUUUUUGUGGGAAGGGGCGGUAAUGAUUUAAAUUAUUUUGAGUGUCCAAAGAUUUUACGGUUUAAAGUCUCAAAUUAUUGAGCAGACUACUGCUCACAAUUGUAUUUUCUAAAUAUCUUUGUGAGCAUAGCUACAUUUAUUCUUCAAAUGCCACUUGGACUAUGUUUAGUUUAUAAAUAGCAUUUAUGCAUUAGUAAUCGUGGUUCAUUUAAAACCUUAGAAUUCAUCUAUGAAUUACGUGAUACAAUUUCUCUGACUGCCUGAAAUUUCGUUUGUAUUCAUGUACGUGAGCUGAUAUCCAUGACUUCGGGAGCACCUGGCCCUAACGAGAAUGGUCAAGUAGCCAGGUCACCACUAGUUCACAAAGGCCGUGUAUAUCAUCCAUAUAUCAAAAGGGAAUUUUGUGCCCAGUCAAUUAAAAUGUAUUUUAACCGUCCUUCCAACUGCAAUUCAAGCUUUACCAACGACCGGUACUCUGCUUGUGAUCAAGAACCAUUGAAGAAAUCUUUUACACAUCAAAUCACCUGUGUUCAGAAUUACGAACUCAGCACCAUUGGUAGACAAUGUGUCAUUGGAUCAUUUCAAGGAUUCUAUCAAUUUAUUUAUUAUAAUUGGUUAGACAAAGUAUUCUCUGGAGUAUCAAUGAUGACAGUGGCAAAAAAAGUGGUUCUAGAUGAAGUGUUAAUAGGACCUAUAAGUUUGGUAAUAUUUUUCUUUUAUAAUGGAUUUUGUGAUACAUUCACUGUAGCUGGUGCUGUGGAACGAUGUCGUCAAUCAUUUAUUUCUGCAUAUUUAUCAGAUCUAGCUUAUUGGCCUGUAUUACAAACUAUUAAUUUCGCUUUUGUUCCUUCAUCAUAUCGUGUUUUAUAUGUGAUAUUUUUCACUAGUCUAUGGAAUACUUAUUUAUGUUUUUUCAAUGCUCGUAUGAAUCGCAGCGACACCGCCAGUCUUGAAGACAAUGAACAAAAGAAAGAUUGUCGCUGAGCCAGCCCCUAAGAACAGUAACACACUACAUUUUGUGUAUUUAAUUCCCUAGAACAUCUCACUUACUACUUAGUAAGUAAGUAAGUAUCCUGCCCAUUCAAAAUGUCUAGAAUAUUUUUUUUUUGAAAAUUUUCUGUAAAGACUUAAUUUCUUUAUUUUUCAUUUUGCAUUGUAGUAAUUUUCUCUUUUAAAAUUGUAGAUUUUCAAAUUCACUUUAUUCACUUUUCUCUCUCGCUCUCUUUCUGUGUGUGUGUGUGUCCUAAAAAUUCCUCUAGAGACAAGAAAAAAAUUGAGUGUAUUCAAUGUCAGAAAUCGAUUUUCCGUUUUUUGAUUUUGUAAGCAAUCUGAUCAACAGAAUACUUUCCAUUCAUAAUUAUUCUUAUGUAUUCUUAUUAAAUUUUAUGAUUAUGAUGAGCAGCAGCGCCCUAGCCAUAUUCAUUAUUCAUAUAGAAGUCUUAACAUUUUCAUGUUUUUCUUUAUGAAUUUUUAGUCAUAAUUAUUGGGAAUUAUAAUAAAACAGUUUGAUUUGUUGAUUUUGUAAACCGAAUGUCGAAUGCAUUCAAUUAUUUGCUGUCAUUAGGAAACGAAUUCUAUGUAGAGGGAUGGCAAAUCAAUAGAUGAAAUGGUGUGAAACUUGAUCAGUUGAGGUGG